UAGAAAUGAGUCUAAGAACAGGCUAGUAACUGGCCAGUUCUUAGUAUUUAACCUAGUUACUACCUAAUAAAUGGCCAGUUCUUAGGGUCAUUUCUACCAGGGACAAAUACGUGAAUGAUUAAUAAGUCAAACAAAAAAAUAUCCAUUCGAGCAAAAUCUUUUAAUUAUUCAUCGAGAAGCAUUGAGCAAACAGCACAGCCGUCAUGCGGCGGAUUACAAAAUCGUGCAGAUUCCACCGCCGACGAGUCUUUUGCCUCCCGUCUAAAAAUAAAAAAAAAGGGAAAGAAAUCGCACGCAUACGUAACAGCGAAUCCUCGCACGGAAUUCUUAAGUACGAUGUCGAUCCAGUUAUCGGCGCCAGUAUUGUAGUGGCAGUGGUUCAGCAUAGUGGUGUUACAUUCGCCUCACGCGCGACGCGUUCCUCAUCGAUUAGCCUCGAAUAAUAAUCGCGCGCGAAUCCUAUACACGCAUCGGAGCAAAACGUCCGAUGCGGGAAAAAUGUUGUGACUCUCCUACUGUUUUGCCAUGAGUGUGUGCUUGUAUCAUAUUUAUGAAUUGGAUUGGAGUGCCUCGAGGUGACGCUUUGUUGCAACGGUUUUGAACUUUUUUUGUGGUGACGUGCAGAGCUUCUCCUUUUGGAUACAAGUGCUUAAUAGUGAGUUUCGAAGAUUUGAUUUAGACUUUAGAAGUAUCAUCGCAAUAAGAAAGGAAUAUUAGUUUUUCGUACAAAUGGCAUGAAAUGGUUAGUGCUUGAACAUGACAUAAAUAUUCUAAUCAACCCGACCGGAUCUACAGCCAUCCCCGGAUACCAGCUCACACUAUACACACACGCAGUGUCCACACCGGCAUCCCAGUGACACUGAUCGGUAUUCGAGCCGCAUCGUUUAGAUAGCCGUCAUUUCCAGCGGUACAUAAUAGAGUACCGAAAGCAGCAGCGCACUAGGGGGGAGGAGCGCAUGCGCGAUAGAUCCUCGCCGCUUUCUCGCGCGGCGCCUUGAAAAAUCGAGCGGCGAUUCUCCUCGCGAGUCAUGAACUGACGACUGUACUAUAUAUCUCAUUCUCUCUCUCGAAGCGCGAUUUUUAUUUUUCCGUCGCGAGUUUUCACCGAUUUGUUCCGCGCGCGAAGAGCGAGAGAAGUGGAACGACGUCUGUGUGAUGGUGCUGUGAUAUACCAGUGCUCGCAAGCUACCUACUGGAGGAUUCAAGGCCAGGGGAUGUUGUGAUUAUGCGAUUCUCGAGUUGGCGUCUGUCACCGAAGUGAUUACAGGCUGUGAGAAAUGUCGAGGCUAUGGCUGACCCUUUGGCUGCUCCUGGGGGUGCUGUGGGCGCAGGUCUGCGGCGAGUUUUUCAUUCUGUCGAAUCCUGCCGCCUUAACGAGUAGCUUGUACAGACAACUAGGGAAGGAGAUGUACUGCGUGACCGACGAUGUCGACAGUGCUCUCGUCUGGAAUGAUCACCUGAAUUGGAAUUACCCUACGUACAAGCCUCCCAGCUUGUCCUACGAGCCAGUUGUUGUCCACGAGAACACGUACGUGUACCCGACGAACGACAACUUGGCGUGUUCGAUGAGUUCUUACAAAACGUGUACAAAGUCUUGGAAAGGAGCCGAGGGAAGUUGGUACUAUACGGAUAGCCUGCAUUCACCGAUGGCUCCUAUAUUCGACAAUCGAUGGGAAGAUUUUACGGUAGAAGAGAUGACCGAUCGCUUCGCUAACGUGACCAGUCUGCCGAACAGCGGUAGUUUGGCCGUGUCAGUUCGUGGUUCCAGCGACGCUCAUUUUGCAAUCUGCAACGGAUUCAGUAGUCCGGAGCACGAAUUCUGCUUUUUCGUCCUUCUCGGUGGCUGGAAGAACACCAAAUCCAUCAUACGAAAAUGCGAGAGAGGGAUAGCCGAACCAGCGAUGGCUAUCCCUAUAGGCAGCUGUUUGACAAAGUUGGCCGAGUACGAUAGUGAAAUACUGUCGACCACGGAGUGGAGGACUUUCGUGUUAAAGUGGGACUUUCGUGCGCGAAUCUUGAUAGAAGUCUACGAUUCCGAGAAACGAAUAUUAAGGCAUGAAGAGAAUCGCCCUAAAUGGUCCAACUACUUCAGUGGACAUUUUCAGAACCGGACUCGUACGACUGAAUAUUCCCUCAACGCCAGGAGUCGAGGAAAAAUGUUGAUGAAGUUUCACAAAUAUAGUUACUCCAUGACGAGGAAUACGCAGGCCAAACUUAGCAGCCCUGAAUUCAUGACCUCGUCGUCCGAUAAGAGGAUCUGCGUCGAAAUGUCCUUUAACAUGUGUCCAGAUUGCAUUGUGAACAUCGAUGUGGUCGAUCGAAAGGGCUACAAAAGAGCCAUCAAAAUUAUUAGACACGAGGAUAAACAGCAAGCUUCAAGCUCUAAAUCGAAAAAUCCAUAUGGCUUGAGAGUUUGGAAUAACGUGAAAAUAGAUUACACUUUGACUAAAAAUAUGUCACAACCGAUAACUUUGGAAAUCAAUACUCUGUUGACCAAUAAUACGUACAGAAAUACCAGUUACUGGGCUCUCUCCAACGUUCGUCGCUGCUACGAUGAUGGACUGAAAUACGUAAAAAUCGACAACUAUCAAGACUAUAACAGCGGAAGUUCAGUAUACGUAUGGCCAAACGUCACGUGUCAGAAAAUUUCAGAAGACGGCGUUUCUGAAAUCAUCAGCACGAUUGACCAAAAAAUCGCACCCGAGGAGCACAGAUUACCCUGUGAAGAAGGAAGAAUAGGUAAAUCUUGUUUGGCAAGAUGUUCCACGUUUUUCCCUUCGCAUUCAAAUUGCCAAAACUUAGUGGCUUGCGACAAAAAAGGCUGUUCCUGUGCUCCAGGGUACAAAACGCCAACGUGUUCCGACCGUUGUCCCGAGUCAACUUAUGGUUACGAUUGCGCGCAGACAUGCGGACACUGUGCCUAUGGUGCUUGUAGUAUCGCCACAGGAGCAUGUAGAAGUGGAUGCGUUAAAUCGAAUACGACACUAUUUUUUCUACCGGACUGCAAAAAAGGCGUUGGCUCACCACCGGCUCCCUUAAUAGAGCCGAUAAAUUACACUUGUGUCAGAGUUUAUUUAAGUAUGCAGGAAGAGUAUGAAUUCGUACCUACAAUUCUCAACUUCGAAAUUUGGCUAGAGGAGAACAUGACGCACCCUUUCAUCGUCACUAAUAAAACGAUUGUCAGGAAAAAUGAUGUCAUAUCUGCGUUCGCCGAACCUUUAAGUCCUGGAAUUAAAUACAAAGCAAUCGGAGUUCUCGAAGCCGAAAAUAGAACUUUUCGCGGAUCUUGGGCAAAUUUUACCACCGAGUGCACGGAGUCAGCAGCCGUCAAUUUCAUUAUCAAGGCUAUUAAUGAAACAAGCCUAAUUUUAGACAUUAACAGAGAAAGGCAUGUAAUCGAUUCAUGCCCAGACAAAUGGUAUCAUGUAGAAGUAACCUCUGUUAGCAGUAUAGUAUUUAAUGGAUCUACAUCCUUUCCAAAAAUAUUUAUAGGACUGGAACCUUUUACGAUGUAUGCGUUCCUUGUAAAGUCAGCAAAAUCGAGUAAUAUUCUUAGCAGAUACGUUAGGACACUAGAAGGAGCCCCCAGUUUUGUAAGCCAUUUAGAAUCUGUGCCUAAUACAGUAAAUAAGAUAACUCUAAAUUGGAGACCCCCAGAGAAACCAAAUGGCAAAAUUGUUAAUUACACUGUAGAAAUUCAGCCGAUAGAAUCACACGGAUGCAAGGAUUUCGGCCAAUCUACGUACAAUUUGACAACCGAUAGUAUGCAAGCUUUGAUACGUUCGGUUAUAAAAAACGAGUUAAAAGAAACGUUUAGUUUUACGUUCAACGGUUUAAGGCCUUACACAACAUAUCUGGUCACAGUUUACGCAUCCACGUCUGCGCGUAGAGGUGAAGAAAAAGUAUUAAAUCACACAACGAAUUCAUUGAAAAUACCAACUGAGAUAUUUAGCAAUUUACACUUAACCAAUGAAAGUAACGAAUCGAUCGCUGCAACGAUUCGUUGGAACCCACCAAGUGAUUGCUGGACAAAUACUGGACCCAUUCGUUCGUCCAAACUGAUCAUCACAAAGUUAAACAAAACCUUAGUUAAUCAGGAAAUUCAAGACUACUAUUAUCCUCUGGAGAAAAAAUUGUUUUAUGGUACGGAAACUUACGAAAUUCGCGUUUGCUCCCUAAGAUCUCCAGGCGGUUCCGCGAAUGAAAGCGCAUGCGCUGUCAAAUCUUUCACCAUGCCUGCUAGAGAACCAAUGCCUAUUCAGAAGCCAAAAAUUAUAGAAGUAGAUACGUUUAACCAUAGUACCACGUUGAGGUGGCAAGUGCCAAAACCACCACUAAACGGCAAAUUAAAGCAUUAUACAAUAAAAUUCUGCGACUUAAGUGGACAAAACUGUGAAGAAAGUGCAAUAGUACAGCCCGGCGAAUUUUGUAAACACUCAUUUUGGAUAUCGCAAGACACAUUGUGUAAAACUGUCUCUCUUCCAUCAUCAGAUAUCUACGAACUAAUCCAGAUUACAGCUUACAAUGAAGGUGUACCAAAUGGAUCCAAACCAGUCAGCACACCCGUCAUAUGGGAAGAAUUAACACCCAGCGCCCCAAGAAACUUAGUUCUGAAGCAAACUGAUGGAGAAAACUCGUCGGUGAGCAUCACCUGGCAUCAUCCGCUGGAAAGUGGCGGUAGGAUAGUCAGCUAUUAUAUUCAUGCUCUAAUUCGGGAGACCCACUUGAAGCAUGAACCACCUACAAAGAUAAAACAGUAUUCAAUAAUGGUGUCAGAAUACCAGUCGGAAUACAGCACAAAUAUAGACUUGCUACCAUCCACGGCAUACCAUAUAUCCGUUGCUGCGAUCACACAAGGGAAUAAAGUAGGUUACCCUGUCAGUGGCUUCAUAAGUCUGCCAAGUUUCGUUAACUUCUCAACGCAAGAUUUGAAGCCCAGACCUCGAGACGACGUUAUCACUAUUGACAUCAGCAUACCUGAAGUGGUGUACGAUGUAAAAGAUAGUAUAAUUCUCCUUAUGGUACAGGGAACAAAGUACUGUGAUGAAGAUCGAAGCAAUAAAGAUGUCGAUCUAUAUUUGGAUGAGCAGAAUUCUGCUUACUACAAGGCUUCAUGGAUAGCUGCUAACUUGACGAAAUUAGAAUCCUAUGCUAAUAAACACUUCAUAAUCGGGGAUGGCAAAGAAUAUGGUGGUUUUAAGAAUCACCCUCUUUGCCCAAAGGAGUCGUACAUCGUUCACUUGAUGCUAGUGGACGGUAAAAAAAGUUUAGGUGGCCAGAAAUCUGAGAAACUGAGAACAAAUAUUUUGAAGUCUGUGAAAACCAACCCAAUUUCGAUAGCUGACUUGCCUAAAAAUUAUGCUAUGUGGCUGACACCUUUAUUCUUCAUUAUUUUGAUAGCAGCACUGUUGGCUUUUGUUGUGUACAGAAAAAAACUCGCCGGAACUUUCAUAGCAAGCAAGCCUAAACCAGGUCGGCAAGAGAACAUGCCACUAUCCAACGACUUAGGCAAGAAGAAGUCAAAUGACUCGAUGGAUGAAGUUGAAACUGGUGCAAAGGUGAAGAAUGUGCAAGACGAAAAAGAAAUCAAAGACAUACAAAUGAAUAAUAUGUUCAUUGUGGAGAAGAAGAAGGAGUUCGCGAUGCCAGUAAAAGUGGAGGACUUUGAGAAUUACUUUGAAAAAGCUUACAAAGCUAGCAAAUUGAAAAAUGAAUAUUCAAUGAUCAUACAUGGACCAACGAAAUCAUGCGCUUAUGGAUCUCAAUCGGAAACCAAACCAAAGAAUAGAUAUGCAAACUUGUUUCCCUACGACGAAAGCCGAGUAGUUUUAGAUAAACUAUCCGAAGAACCUUUCUCAGAUUACAUCAAUGCUAAUUUCAUAACGGGCUACGGUGGAAAAGAAAAGGCCUACAUAGCUACUCAAGGACCAAAACCAAAUACAAUAGUUGACUUUUGGCGAAUGAUCUGGCAGGAAAAUGUACAAAUCAUCUGCAUGAUGGCGAACCUCGUUGAAAAUGAUAAAAUCAAGUGCGAGCAAUACUGGCCUUCCGCAGUUGGCAAGAAAAUCUUAUAUGGUACGAUAUUGGUUCAGUUCUCCAGCGAAGAAAUCCAUUCUGAUUAUACAUACAGGACGUUCAAAGUUUACUGUGGAACCCUGGAGGCACGGACGAUAGAGCACCUGCACUACACGGCAUGGCCUGACCACGGCGUUCCCUCGAGUCCACGAAGCAUCGUCGCCUUCCUGCAGCAACUGCAAAGACACGCCCCAUUCGAUGAUCGAGCAAACCAACCACCUAUCGUCGUGCACUGCAGUGCUGGAGUUGGGCGUACUGGUACCCUCAUUGUUCUCGAUAUCUGUCUUCAUCAAGCUUUUUGCGAGAAGGUCAUUUACGUAUUUGAGAACCUAUUGUCGGUCAGGCAAGGAAGACUGAACAUGGUGGAUAAUACAGAGCAGUACUUACUGGUUCAUCUGGUGCUCGUCGAAUACUUCCAUACAAAGGACACGUGCUUUAGCUGCGAUGAGACUCUGCCCGACAGGAUUGAGGAGGCAAAGAAAAAAUCGUCCCAGCUUUACCAAAGAAUAUUAGACACGAGUUGGUGGAACGAAGUCCUCGGCUCUCCACCGCUUCCCGAAAAGACUCUGUCGGACAGAAACAGGGCAAAGCACAGGUUUCCAGAAACUGCAGCUAGCCUGAACAGGCUGUACUUAAAGAGAUCAUCAAAUACGGACAACGACAGCGACUAUAUCGCAGCAACGAGCGUCAGAGGUAUAUUCAAAGACUGUCAGUACAUUACGACACAAUUGCCAAUGCCCACAACGUUGGCAGACUUCUGGCGAAUGCUGUCAGAGUUAAACGUAGAAUACGUACUCGCUUUGCAACUACCGGACUUGCAAGACCCGACUUAUUGCGAGCUGAUUGCGGAUAGUCAAGAGUUCGGAAGUACCAAGUACCUGAAGAUCAUUCGUCAGCAGAGCUCGACGACAGACUCGAAGUAUUACUUGAAAGAAGAAGUCCUUAUUAUAGAUAGUUCUGAGCAGCCAUCCAAGGAGCAAAGGGUUAAGAUUCUGAGCUACAAGAACUGGCCAGAAUUCUCGCUUCCCCCUGUCAAGGAACUUGUGCAACUCUGGAAGGCCUUUGAUGAGCUACCAAAGACGAAUAAGUGUCCCAUAGUUAUAGCCUGCGCAAAUGGAGUGACAGCUAGUGGAAUUUGGCUGGCGUCGUCAUUUUUACUCAAGAGAAUGACAGUGGAUAAAGAAUGCGACGUGCCUCAGGCUGUGCAGGCGAUUCGGCGAUGCCGGAAAGAUUUUCUCAGUCAACCAAAGUACCUCGAAUACCUUUACGACGUGGCUUUGGCUUGUGCGGCUGUGCCUUCUUCUACAUUACAGUAAAGAAGAGCAAGAGAAAAGCGAAAUCAAGACGACUGUGCGUGUGAGAGAGCUUGGUAUGAAUGUAUUUUAAUAUCGGAAAUGGUAUGAAUAAGAAAGAACACAAGUUAUUUUCAUUUAUCAAAAAUUGUUCUGAUUAACCCCCUCAAACAUAUGAGGUCGAGACUUCGAGUUUUUAUGUAUUAGCAAUAAUUAUGUAUUAGUGAUUAUUGUAAUUAUUUUUUGUGAAGAAAAAGUAACGUACUACGAUUAGUAACUCCAUCGAUGCUGUUUAUAAUGAGGAUAACGUAAAAUAUAUAAAAUAUACAAAAAGGCUUCGCAAACCAACGUUUACUAGAGCCAGAACACAUUGCCAUCGCAAGAGGAAGCGCCGAUAAGCGUCGCCAAAGAUGAUAAUUCAAUUAUGCAAAGAAAAUGAUAGAAUGCGAUUCAUUUAACGUAUUUUAUUCGUGGUGCUUAAAAAAAAACUCUUUAGAAUAAAAUAUUUUAACAUGUAGUUUAAUCACUAGUAGACGGAUACUUUUUGAGAUCAAUUACCUCGAUUGAAUUAGUAGUUUGACUGCUGCACGAAAGGACUGACCAAACCUUUAUAAAUGUAUCCUGUGGAAACGUUACUCAUUUAACAACAAAGUACAAAAAAAAAUUAAGUCUACAGCAAAUACAGACCUUGAAAGCUUGUCGAAACUUAUUCGACAUCACGUUGUAGAGCAACGGGUUGAUCAUAGUCGACGAAUACGAGAAUACAGCACUUAUACGAGUGAUGACAUUAUAAAUUUUUAUAAUAUUCUCAUAAUAGUAUAUUAUUAUCUCGGAAUGCAUAGCAAUCAAACGCUGCAGAUGGAAAGGAGCCCAGCAAAAGAAGAAUGUUGCCACCACCGACACUGCAUUAAAAACAUCUGAUUGAAUCAUCACUUAUCAAAUAAAGUUAAUAAAAAGUUUCGAAAUUGUGAA